UUUUUUUUUUUUUGUUGGUUGGACAUCGAGUCGAUUUUACUAUAUGUCUGUUUUACUCGAAACAUCAGUAGGUGACAUUGUGAUUGAUCUACAUACAGAUGAAUGUCCACGCACGUCGUUAAACUUUCUGAAGCUAUGCAAAAUCAAGUAUUAUAACUAUGCACCAUUCCACAAUAUUCAAAAAGGGUUCAUGGCGCAGACGGGGGAUCCCACUGGUAAAGGUGAUGGCGGAUCGUCAGUAUUUGGGGUGAUCCAUGGUCCACAAGAACGGUACUUUCCAGCGGAAAUCAAGCCGACACUUAAACAUCAACGUCGUGGGACGGUGUCGAUGGCGGUAUCAGGAGGCAAGGAUGACGAUGAUGAAGGGGGACGAGUUAGUGGCAGUCAAUUCUUCAUUACACUGGCUGAUGAUCUAGAUUACCUGGAUGGCAAGUAUACCGUGUUUGGUGAAGUGGCAGAAGGUUGGGAUGUAUUGGACAAAUUGAAUGAAGCAUAUUGUGAUGCACAAGGUCGACCAUACCGUGAUAUUCGUAUUCGACAUACUGUGGUGCUAGAUGAUCCGUUUGACGAUCCUGAAGGUUUGCAAGUACCUGAUCAGUCGCCUCUACCGACCAAAGAACAACUGGCUUCCAUGCGUAUUGGAGAAGAUGAAGAUAUUGAAGAAGAAGGGGAUCCAGAAGAAGUGGAACGACGCAAACGUGCAAGAGAAGCCAAGGCACAAGCAUUGACGUUGGAGAUGGUAGGUGAUUUGCCGUUUGCUGAGGUCAAGCCGCCAGAAAAUAUUCUUUUUGUGUGCAAGCUCAACCCUGUGACUCGUGAUGAAGAUUUGGAACUUAUUUUUUCAAGAUUUGGUCGUAUCAAUAGUUGUGAAAUCAUUCGUGACCGAACCACUGGGGAUUCCUUAUCUUAUGCUUUUAUUGAAUUUGAUGAAAAAGAACAUGCUGAAGAGGCUUAUUUCAAAAUGCAAUCUGUACUUAUUGAUGAUCGACGUAUUCAUGUAGACUUUUCACAAUCAGUAUCAAAACUUCACAAGGAUUGGAUUUCCAAAAGGAUGCAAGCAGCUGCUGGACAAUCUAUGGGUGGUUUUGAAGAUUUACAAAAACGAACACGAUAUCGAGAAGGCAAUGGCAGGCAACGAGGCGAUCAUUAUGAUCUUGUAUUUGAUGAUGAUCAUACAUCCAAACGAUCUCAGCGAUCUGAUAGACAUUCUUCUGAGCGUAAACGUAGUAGACAUGAUGAUCAUUACCGAAGCAAAUAUCGUGAUCGAUCACCAACCUCAUCAUCAUCAUCAAGACGGGAUUACAAAAGCAGUAGCAGUAGCAGGGAUUACCAUCGAUCAGAUCGAGAUAGAGACCGACGAAGGGAUGAUAAGGAUAGAAGACGGCAUUAGUUAGUUAGUUAGUUAGUU